AUGGGCGUCGCGUCGUCGUCGCACAGCCUUGGCGACGACAGCCAUCGCGUCCUCGUCUCUGAGUACGUGCUCCAGAGCAUCAAGACGCUCGACGAGAGCUGGGGCAUCUACCGGGACGAGGUCCGCUUGGCGCGCUUCUUGACGCCCAGUCAAUUCGAUGAGGUCUUUGGCAUCGUCGUGCAAGACGCCGAGCCGCACUUUCAGCUCUUUGAGCACCGGCACGCCGCCAACGCGCCUGUCGUUGUCGCGGCCGAAGUCUUCAUCGGCAUCUGCCUUGCGCUGCCUGUCGACAUCAAGGAGAAGCUUACAUUUCUCUGCCGCAUGUACCUCGCCGACCCCAGCGACGUGUACAUUGCGAGCCACGUUAAAGUGGGCAUGUACCGCGAUUUCGUGGCGGCGAUCUCCAAGGUGCUGCGCGUGACCGAGCCGCCGUCGACCGAAGUAAUCAGCGCCAUCGAAAGUCUUUUGCGCGACAACAACGACGACUCCAAGCACGUGACGAUCAAAGAAGCCACCGAGUUUGCACUGACGCACCCCGCGAUUUGCCUCUGCUUUGAAGAAAUCGAGACGCUCUUCGCUGGCCUUCGCGACGCGCAGCUCAAGACCGCCAAGCCCAGCGGCUACGACCCGUCGUUCGACGACAGCGACGUUCUUGACGCGCCUGUGCCCCCGCCGCACGCACCGCUCUGGCGCACCAAGAUUCGCGACAUUGGCCGGCUGCCAUGUACGACGCAAACCGCGCUGGAGCUACCCGACGACUUGCACGCGUUCCUUGCACUCAAGCAGCUGCAACUACGCAAGACGGACUUUGCCCUUGUCUACGAGCGCGGCAAGACGACCAAGAUGGGCGGCAAGGUGAUUCUCGGCGUUGUCGACUGCGCCAUUUUCGUCAAGUGCAUGCUCACGCUCAUGCCGCCGCUCGAGAUGGACAUGCAGCGCCUUGGCUCCUACGUCUUCAACCAGAAGAAGCUGGCAGACAUGCAAGUCCUCAAGUAUGAGAGCUACGCGGUGGACGCGGGCCGGCGCUUUGCGAUGCUUGCGCUUCGCGACGUUUUGCGCAUGCACAAUGAAGCGACCGAGUCGGCGCCGGGACCUCGCGCCAUAUGCAGCGACGAUUUUGCCUUCAACUUGAUUUACCGACUCGCGACGCGGGAUACGUACGUACCCAUGGUUCUGAGUCCGACGCAUGCCGUCGACGUGCUUGGCGUGCUCUCGCCUCGGGACGUGCUGCGAUUCAUACUGGAAGACGUCUCGGUCCUAGGCGACUCCGCCCAUCGGCCGAUCCGAGAUCUUGUGUUUCAGCCGUUGGCGCUGCGUCGGUCGUCGAGCAGCAUGCUCGAGGCGUUCCAGCUGCUCCGGGCACGCAACCUCUCGGGGCUCCUCCUGCUCAACGACGACGGCAAGGACGACGCGUACUCGACGUUUGGCUGGACCGAUAUCCUCGAGCUCGUCGAAAACUGGCCGCCCCGCACGGAUGCCGGGGUUGUCAUGCCAACCAGCAUUUCGCUCUCGACACCGCUGCCCAACUUUGGCUACUUGCUGCGCCCCAUUGGCCAUGUGCUCAAGGUACUCGUAGUGUAA